AUGGAACAAUUGACAAAGGAAAAUGGAGAGGGUCAACCCAUCCAACCAGAGGCCAAAAAGCUGAGCGCAGCAGAGAGGAGAAAACAACGCAUAUUAGCAAACGACUCAAACCGCAUGGGAUUUAUCACAGGUGAAUGCUCUGAAAUCAAAGAGAAACCGAUUGAAGAAGUGAAGCCUGAGGCUGACCACAUUGAACAAGCUCCAACAGAAUCACUUAACACUCCAACAACUGAAGAAGGACCAAUAUCGAAAAAGCUCUUUAAUGUUGGAAUUGGCUUUAUGCUAAUCUUCUUUAUUGGAACGUUUGCGCAUUUCUCCGGGUAUUCAUUAUUACAUUCCGAGUUUGCGGAGGGAUUUUUGUGUUGCCUCUUUAUGUUCAUUGGGAUUGUUGCGCUGCUGAUCCGAAAGUUGAUUCUUUUUGCACCCGCACUUGUGUCGCAGUUCCCACAGAAUAAUUGA